AUGACCACUUUACUAUUAGUGUUUGUGUGUUUGCGAGUCGUCACUGCAGCCGUCUCUGUGGAGCUCUCAGACAGUCAUGAUGGCCUGGAAGUCAAGAUACCUGAGCAAUCUCCCCUGCGUGUCAUCCUGGGAAGCUCCCUGAACAUCCCCUGUUACUUCAACAUCCCAGAGGAACAGGACACCAGUACUUUGCUGACCCCACGGAUCAAAUGGAGCAAACUCUCCAACGGCACUGAAGUCGUCUUGUUGGUGGCCACCGGUGGGAAAGUCCGACUCAACACCGAGUACAGGGAGGUGAUCUCCUUGCCCAAUUACCCUGCCAUCCCCACCGAUGCCACUUUGGAAAUCAAGGCCCUGAGAUCCAACCACACUGGGAUUUAUCGCUGUGAAGUGAUGUACGGGAUCGAGGACAGACAAGACACAAUAGAGGUCCUAGUGAAAGGCAUCGUAUUCCACUACAGAGCAAUCUCCACAAGGUACACCUUGAACUUUGAGAAAGCAAAGCAGGCCUGUAUCCAGAACAGUGCCGUCAUUGCUACCCCCGAGCAGCUGCAAGCUGCCUACGAGGAUGGGUACGAGCAGUGUGAUGCUGGCUGGCUGGCGGAUCAGACUGUCAGGUACCCCAUCCACUGGCCUCGGGAGCGCUGCUAUGGUGACAAGGAUGAGUUUCCAGGAGUGAGAACCUAUGGUGUCCGCGAGCCAGAUGAAACCUAUGAUGUUUACUGCUAUGCAGAGCAAAUGCAAGGUAAAGUCUUCUACGCCACCGCCCCUGAGAAGUUCACCUUCCAAGAAGCUUUCGACAAAUGCCGCAGUUUGGGGGCCCGUCUGGCCACCACGGGGGAGCUGUACCUGGCCUGGAAGGACGGCAUGGACAUGUGCAGCGCAGGCUGGCUGGCCGACCGCAGCGUCCGCUACCCCAUUUCCAGAGCACGGCCCAACUGCGGGGGCAACCUGGUGGGCGUGAGGACCGUGUACCUGUACGUCAACCAGACCGGGUACCCUCACCCCCACUCUCGCUACGAUGCCAUCUGCUACAGUGGGGAUGACGUUGAGACACUGGUCCCAGGGCAGUUCGUCGAUGAGAGGGAAAGCGAGCUGGGCAGCGCAUUCACUGUCCAGACCGUCACACAGACCGAGGUGGAGCUGCCUCUGCCACGCAAUGCCACGGAGGAGGAAGCCCGCGGCAGCAUCGCCACCCUGGAGCCCAUCGAGAUCACACCCACCGCCACCGAGCUGUACGAGGGCUUCACCGUCCUGCCCGACUUCUUCGCCACUGGUGUCACGGUGGAGACAGCUGCCACAGAGGAGGAGAAUGUGACCAGAAGGGAUGUCACAGGGGUGUGGGCUGUACCUGAAGAGGUCACCACCAUAGCCUUAGGCACUGCCAUGACCACCGAAACGGCAGAGGUGAGCUCGGUGGAAGAGGUCGUGGGGGUGACAGCCACCCCAGGACUAGAGACUGCCUCAGUGUUCACAGUGGAAGAUCAGCUCGUGCGAGUGACAGCAGCCCCUGGUGUCGGUCUCCUCCCUGAGCAGCCCAUCUCCCCCACGGGUGUGGUGUUUCACUACCGUUCUGCCACCAGCAGAUACGCCUUCUCCUUUGUCCAAGCCCAGCAGGCCUGCCUGGAGAACAAUGCCGUCAUUGCCACCCCAGAGCAGCUCCAGGCUGCCUACGAGGCUGGCUUUGACCAGUGCGAUGCUGGCUGGCUGCGGGACCAGACAGUCAGGUAUCCCAUUGUGAAUCCCCGAAGUAACUGUGUAGGAGACAAAGAGAACUCUCCAGGCGUGCGGUCGUAUGGCAUGCGCCCGGCCUCAGAGACAUACGAUGUGUACUGCUACAUCGACAGGCUCAAGGGAGAGGUGUUCUUUGCAACCCAGCCAGAGCAGUUCACCUUCGCGGAAGCUCAGCAGUACUGUGAGAGCCAAAACGCCACGCUGGCCUCUGUUGGCCAGCUCCACGCUGCCUGGAAGCAGGGCCUGGACAGGUGCUACGCUGGCUGGUUAGCGGACGGCAGCCUCCGCUACCCCAUCGUGAGUCCCCGGGCUGCCUGCGGCGGGGAUGCGCCCGGCGUCAGAACCGUCUACCAGCACCACAACCAGACGGGCUUCCCCGACCCUCUGACCCGCCAUCACGCCUUCUGCUUCAGAGCUCUGCCACCUGCAGAGGAGGAGGGUGUCACCUCAUUCUUUGAAGAAGAUGUACUGGCAACUCAAGUGAUCCCUGGAGUAGAGGGGGUACCCUCCGGGGAGGAGGUGACUGUGGAGCCAGAGUUUGCCACUCAUCCUGAGAAUCAGACAGCCUGGGGGACAGAGGUCUUUCCAACCGAUGUAUCUCUGCUCCCAGUGAGUCCAUCUGCUUUUCCUCCAGCUACCGUAACACCAGAGGAGACAAGUACUGACGCUUCCAUCAGUGAAGUCUCAGGGGAGGUGAUGGAAUCAGGAGAACAUCAAGUCAGUGGUGAAUCGUCAGCGUCCGGAUGGGUAUCUGGAGUCCCAGAUACCAGCAGAGAACCGGCUACUGGAGUUUUUGAACUUAGUGGAGAACACUCAGGAAUUGGAGAAAGUGGAUUACCAUCAGUAGACCUGCAUACCAGUGGCUUUCUGCCCGGAGAAAGUGGGCUGCCCUCAGGGGACCUGAGUGGUGUGCCUUCUGGCAUUGUUGACAUCAGUGGCUUACCUUCUGCAGAGGAAGAUGUUCCUGUGUCUACUUCAAGGAUUCCAGAAAUCCAUGGGAUGCCAUCUGGAGUGGACAGCAGUGGGCUGCCUUCUGGGUUUAGUGGAGAAGUCUCUGGCACCGAGCUAGUGAGCGAUGUCUCAUCUGGAGAGGAAAGUGGACUCACCUCUGGUUUUCCUACCAUCUCUCUUGUGGAUACCACGUUGGUGGAAGUUGUAACAACAGCACCAGAACGGCGAGAGGAAGGAAAAGGAUCCAUUGGAGUCAGCGGUGAAGGAGACCUGUCAGGGUACCCAGACUCAGGAGCUGAGCUCAGUGGGGAGCACUCUGGAGGGGCUGAGCUCAGUGGGGAGACCUCUGGGGUGCCUGGGCUCAGUGGGGAGCCUUCUGGGGUACCCGAGCUCAGCGGGGAGCCCCCCAGAGGGUCUGAGCUCAGCGGGAUGCCCUCAGGACUGGAUGUCAGUGGAGAACCAUCUGGAACCCAUGAGGUCAGUGGCCUGGUAGACCUAAGUGGCCUUCCUUCUGGUACUGACGGAAGCGGUGGGACCUUGGGCAUCACCUUUGUAGAUGCCAGUUUGGAGGAAGUGACAACAACCCCCUCGGUUACAGGAGCAGAAGCAAAAGAGGUUUUGGAAAUCAGUGGGCUGCCUUCAGGAGGUGAAGAUGCAUCAGGCAUGGUGUCUGGGAGUUUAGACAUCAGUGGUGAGCCUUCUGGGCACGUCGACUUCAGUGGGAGCGUUUCUGGAGGGCUCGAGAUGAGCGGACAGACAAGUGGAAUGAUUGACAGCAGUGGGGAAGUCUCUGGAGUUGAUGCAAGCAGUGGCCUACAGUCUGGAGAGGAAAGUGGACUCACCUCUGGCUUUCCCACAGUCUCUCUUGUGGAUACCACUUUGGUGGAAGUUGUAACACAGACCUCAGUUGCUCAAGAGGUGGGAGAAGGGCCAUCUGGGAUGGUGGAAAUCAGUACAUUUCUUUCUGGAGACAGAGGACUAUCUGGAGAGGGGUCUGGAACCAUGGAGAUUAGUGGGCUUCCUUCAGGGACAGGUGACUUCAGUGGAGAGCCGUCUGGGAUCCCAUAUGUCAGUGGAGACAUUUCUGGAGCCACAGAUCUAAGUGGACAAUCUUCAGCAGUGACUGACUUUAGUGGGGGGUCCUCAGGAUUUCCAGAAGUCACUUUAGUCACUUCUGACUUAGCAGAAGUUGUGACAAGACCAACAGUAUCACAGGAACUGGGUGGGGAAACAGCUGUCACAUUUCCCUACAGUUAUGGGACAAGUGGUGAAGCCUCUGCAUCUGGUGAAACAAGUGGGGAAACAUCUGCGCUCCCAGAAAGUCACAUAGAAAUAUCAUCAGCUUAUGAGAUCAGUGGGGAAGCUUCUGCAUUUCCUGAAACUAGUGUAGAAUCAUCCACGAUUCAAGAAAUCAGUGGGGAAACGUCUGCAUUUCCUGAAACUAGUGUAGAAUCAUCCACGAUUCAUGAAAUCAGUGGGGAAACCUCUGCAUUUCCUGAAUUUAGCAUAGAAACAUCAACAGUUCAAGAAAUCAGUGGGGAAACAUCUGCAUUUCCUGAAUUUGGCAUAGAAACUUCCACGAGUCAAGAAGCCAGGGGUGAAACAUCUGGCUAUCCUGAAAUUGUCAUAGAAACAUCCACAGUUCAAGAAGUAAGUGGGGAAGAAAGUGGCACAGAAACAUCCACAAUACAAGACAUCAGUGGGGAAACAUCUGCCUUUCCUGAAAUUAGAAUAGAAACAUUCACAAGCCAAGAGGCAAGGGGUGAAACAUCUGGCUAUCCCGAAAUUACCAUAGGGACGUCCACAGUCCAUGAAACUAGUGGAGAAACGUCUGCCUUCCCUGAGAUUAGCAUAGAAACUUCAACGGUCCACGAGACCAGUGGGGAAACGUCUGCCUUCCCUGAGAUUAGCAUAGAAACAUCCACAGUCCGUGAAAUCAGCGGAGAAAGUUCUGCCUUUCCUGAAAUUAGAAUAGAGACGUCCACAAAUCAAGAAGCCAGGGGUGAAACAUCUGCAUUUCCUGAGAUCAGCAUAGAAACUUCAACGGUCCACGAGAUCAGUGGGGAAACGUCUGCCUUCCCUGAGAUUAGAAUAGAAACUUCAACGGUCCACGAAAUCAGUGGGGAAAGUUCUGCCUUUCCUGAAAUUAGAAUAGAGACGUCCACAAGUCAAGAAGCCAGGGGUGAAACGUCUGCAUUUCCUGAGAUCAGCAUAGAAACUUCAACGGUCCACGAGAUCAGUGGGGAAACGUCUGCCUUCCCUGAGAUCAGUGUGGAAACACCGACAAGUCAAGAAGCCAGGGGGGAAACAUCCGUCUACCCUGAAAUCAGCAUAGAAACAUCCACAGUUCAAGAAAUCAGUGGGGAAAGUUCUGCCUUUCCUGAAAUUAGAAUAGAAACAUCCACAAGUCAAGAAGCCAGAGGUGAAACAUCUGGAUUUCCUGAGACCAGCAUAGAAACAUCCACAGCCCACGAAACCAGUGGAGAAGAGUCUGCAUGGCCUGGUGCCAACCUCACAACAGCUGCCACAUUUUUAACCAGUGGGGAGUCUUCUGGUGCUCCCGAGGAGAAGGAAAUUCCUGACACAACAUCUGGACAUGUGACACACUCCGUGGCAGGCAUUUCAGGGGAAACCUCUGUCUCAGAUGUUGUAGUUAGUGCCGGUACUCCAGAUGUUGAACCAACACAGAGACCCAGGACCUCUGAAGACUCUCAGCUUGAAAUAGAGCCCUCCCCUCCCGUGGUGUCAGGACAAGAGACAGAGAGAGCUGUUGCUCUAGAUAAUCCUCGUCUGCCAGCCACCGCUACUGCUGAAGUCUCACAAGAAGCAAUAGACACAUUAGGACCCACUACAGAAGACACUGAUGAGUGCCACUCAAGCCCCUGUCUGAAUGGAGCUACCUGCGUUGAUGGCAUCGACUCUUUCAAAUGCUUAUGCCUUCCCAGCUACGGAGGGGACCUGUGUGAGAUCGACCUGCAAAACUGUGAGGAAGGCUGGACCAAGUUCCAGGGCCACUGCUACAGGCACUUUGAAGACAGGGAGACUUGGAUGGAUGCGGAAACCAGAUGCCGACAACACCAAGCCCACCUGAGCAGUAUCAUUACCCCAGAGGAGCAAGAAUUUGUGAACAGCCACGCACAGGACUACCAGUGGAUCGGCCUCAGUGACCGAGCAGUGGAGAACGACUUUCGGUGGUCCGACGGGCACUCCCUGCAAUUUGAGAACUGGCGGCCCAACCAACCCGACAACUUCUUUGCGGCGGGUGAGGACUGCAUUGUGAUGAUCUGGCAUGAGAAAGGCGAAUGGAACGACGUUCCCUGCAACUAUCACCUCCCUUUCACCUGCAAGAAAGGAACAGUGGCCUGUGGGGACCCCCCCGUGGUGGAGAACGCCAGGACCUUCGGUCAGAAGAAGAAUCGCUAUGAAAUCAACUCCAUGGUGCGGUACCAGUGCAACCAAGGCUACAUCCAGCGCCACGUGCCCACGAUUCGGUGCCAGCCCAACGGGCAGUGGGAGGAGCCGCGGAUAUCCUGCAUAAACCCCUCCAACUACCAGCGCAGGCUAUACAAGAGGAGCCCGAGGAGCCGGUCGAGACCCAGCGGCAGAGCUGUGCCCAGACCCACCCAUUAG